AGCAUUCAUUUCUACGCAUUCCUACUUGACCACCGCCCUUGAUCCCUUGACUCUGCUGUUAUUGCACCACACAAUACACCGCUUCUUUGGAAUCCCACGCGCGGAAGGGGAUUCUGAUCUACCAGAGUGUGACCCAGUAAGGCUUGCUCUUCGUCUUCAGCAGAUUAAGAGUGACGGCCGCAGACCGCGUUUUCUCAUGGAUGAAUGUUCGAUGAUUUCGUAUCGCUUGCUGGAACUGAUGAGUCAAGGCCUCCGUCAUGCUUUGGACAAUAACCGGCUAUAUGGGAACUGCGCUGUGUUGUUCUUUGGAGACUUUGGUCAACUUGGUCCGGUCAUCAGGCGAGGACCCGUGCCGUAUUUAUGGAAAGCACCAACAGAUGACUAUCUUGCGCUUGAUCGGUACGAUCUAACAUCACCAAUGCGACAGCAAGAUGAUCACCAGUUCGACCUCUUUCUGACUUUGCUGGGAAGAUACGAUGGCAACGAUCUCCACCAGCGGCGGAUCUUCAAUACUUUUCUCCGGCAACGUCACUGGGACAACACUCAUGAUCAGCCUACGGACUUCUUCCACUUGUUCAGUCAUGUUGAAAAUGCAAGGAAGGUGAACAACCGGCAGCUGGAGCAGCUUCCUGGAGAGCUGUUCUCUUUUGAAGCGAUUGAUGGUAUGGGGGCUUACGCAACGGCUCAGCAAAAAAAAGCUGUCUCUCAAGGUCGGAUGUCGGGUUAUGUACGUCAGCAAUAUUUACUACGUCGCAGGAGUACUGUGCACAUAAAACCAAGGCCUUUCAAGAGCCAUACCACAAUCCAUCCUCUGAAACCAUCCACCCAUCCAUCCAUCCAUCCAUGCGAGGCGAUCCCAAGCAAGGCAUGUCUCCGGUUCCUCAAGACGUCGGUCAAGUCUCCGAAAUCGAUACGAAAGGUGGUCUCCUCAAGCUUCUCCAGGUCUAUCAAAAUCGUUUAGUGAAGAAGACCAGUGGGAAGGGUCUGCUGUUAAUGAGGUUUAAUGAUGCUAAGCAGCGUCUACGUAGAGUUCAGCUUAAUAGGCCAAUUAAAGAUGAUGCCCUCCGAAAGCUCACAGAGCAAAAAAAGUCAUUGUUGAAGGCUUUGAUGAAUGAAGUAGAAGACGUUCUCAAGACAGCAUAUGGAUACGUUGAGAGCAAGGUCGCCAAGGUACAAAAGUCAGAGGGCAAUCGAAUUACCGUCAAGUGGAACCCGUCGAUUCCAGAGCACGAUGGGCUCCAUCGUAUCUGCAAAGAGGAGAACAUUCCACUUCUUGUGGCAUAUAGCCCAUUCUACACGCUGUCUUGUUCGAUAGCUAGAUUGAGUCCAGACAUUAACUUAAGCCACUGAGCAAUAAGUAAUUGCUUGGUCGCUGUAAUUAAAGAUCCCUC